AUGUGUGCAUUAAAUCCCGUGCUCACACUUGUCCCAGACAAGUGUCUUGAGAUUACAGGAAUAACUAAUCACGCUGUUAGAACAAUGGGAACCAUUCAGUUAACUAUCGAUAAUGUUCCGGCGAAGCAUAAGUGUGGAUAUUGUGGAAAAUCGAUAAACAAUAUACAUAACAUUUGGAAUCAUUUAUGCUUCAAAAAUUAUGAUGAAGAUACACAUUACAUUAAAAUCGAUGAUAAUCAUAUUGUUACCAUGAUUAGUCAAGAGGCUACUAGUACUAAUGGAGUUAAUGGAAACAGUUUUGAGUGGAACGAAGAAUGGGAUGAAUCACUAAUAACAGCAGUGUCGCAAAGGCCUGCUCUGUAUAAUUAUCUCUUGCCCGUGAAAGAACGAUCUCAGUUAAAAUUAAAUGAUUUGUGGAAUGAAAUUCACAAUACAUUAGGUGUUUCAUCAGUAAAUAUUAUAAAAGAUAGAUGGAAAAAACUUCGAGCUUUAUAUAUGGCGGAAAAAUCAGAGCGAAAUGUAUACAUUCCGAGUGGUUCAGCAGCAUCAAAAAAAAAGAGGGACAAUAAGAAUGGAUUUCAAUUAUUUGAAGUAAUGAAAUUUCUUAAUGUGUCCAAACCUACCAGGACAUUGAGUACUUUCUCAUCUGGUUCUGAUGAUGAUAACGACGUUAAGGUUGAAAUAAAACAAAAAAGAAAGAAGAAACUUACAAGAAAUAGUUCUGUAUGGUCUACUCAGUAUUAUCAAACUCUUCUAAAAUCAGUUACUUCAGAAGAAAAGAUUAUUGCUCCAUGUCCAGUUUAUUCUUUGCUUCCAAUAUUUAAAAAAUUGAAAAAACAAAAACAAGUUCAUGUUGCAAAUUUAUUUCAACAAAUACUAAUGGAAGAAUUAGAUAAUCAAUCGUAG